AUUCACGCUAGGCGUCCUGGAAUUCCUCUUAAGGUCUUCAGUAGGAUGAAAACUUGGAGGAACCCAAAAUGAUCAAGUUGCGGUGUUGCAAUGCACUUUUUAAGGUGAUUUACUAUCAAAUCGCAAUUGCGGCCUGAUGCGGGUGCGGACAUUGUCAAACCCACACUAUUGUGGCCGAUCGUGUUAUGUGGUCCGCAAUUUGAAACUACGGAUUGUAGUGCAUUGCGAAUGUUGGACUCUCAAGGUUUGUCAAUCCUCAAGGAUUGAUCCCCAUGUGAGGAAUGUUGCUUUGUAUACCUUAUUUUCAUUAUAAUUUGAUUCUUGGAUUUUUACUGAAUUUGUUUUUUAGCUUUUGAGUUGAGGGGUUUGAAGAUUUAAUCACUGAUUGCUAGACUCAUAAGGAGGUUAUUAAAGGGAAUAUAAGUUUACAUAAAUAAGUGAUAUACGUGAGAAGGAGCUGAAUUGGCUUCUAGGUAUCAUGAGAAGGAUUUACUUGGGAAUUUAAAAUAGAUUAUUGAGAAGGACAUACACAUUAAUGCAGCUGUAGAAGUGAUUCUAGCUAGAUUAUUGAAAGUUUACAAUUAUAAAACCAAAUUAUAUUAUUCCUUAAACCUUUCAAUACUUCCUAUGGGUUACUUUGCAUAGCCAAUGCUUUACAAACUUUGCCAUUGCAUCACUCUUUCCUCUUAAAAGACAGCAACAUGGGAUUCUCAGAAACCUCCCUGUCUGUUUUGCUAUUGUUCAUUUUAUUUUCUUCCUUGUAUGCAACUUCACGCAUCACACAUCAUCGACAUAAUCCAACAAGUUUUUCACCAAAUCAACGAGCAGAAAAGCUCAUUAGAAGCCUUAACUUAUUCCCAAAGAAUCCGGUUAAGAUGAUACAUGGUCAUUCUGUCCUUGAUGAUUUUGUCCCUGGAAAGAUCGUGGAGAAAAAGUUCUCGUUUUUUGGUCAUUCUGAUGGGCUUUCUAUUGAUAAUCUUGGUCACCAUGCCGGAUACUAUUCACUUCCUCAUUCCAAAGCUGCUAGGAUGUUCUACUAUUUCUUUAAAUCAAGAAACAAUACUAAUGAUGACCCGGUUGUGAUAUGGUUGGCUGGAGGUCCUGGUUGCAGCGGUGCAAUACCUUUGUUUUAUGAGAACGGUCCUUUUAAAAUUGCCAAUAACUUGUCUCUUGUAUGGAAUGACUAUGGCUGGGAUAAGGCAUCCAAUAUUAUUUACAUUGACCAACCCAUUGGGACAGGUUUCAGCUACACUUCUGAUGAUAGUGAUAUUCGACAUGAUCAAACUAGUAUUAGCAACGACUUGUACGACUUCUUGCAGGAGUUUUUUAAGCAGCACCCUGAAUUCGUUAAGAACGACUUUUAUAUUACUGGAGAAUCAUACGCUGGACACUUUGCUCCAGCUCUUGCAUCACGAAUUCGCCGAGGAAAUAAAGAUAAAGAAGGAAUUAUUAUAAACCUCAAGGGUUUUGCUGUUGGGAAUGGAAUGACCAACCCAAGAAUUCAGUACCUAGCAUACCCGCAGUAUGCACUUGAUAUGAAAUUGAUUGCAAAGGAAGAUCAAGACGAUAUCAACAAGUUGAUGCCAAAAUGUCAUGAUGCAAUAAAAACUUGCGAAGCUGGAGGUAAAGAAAGUUGCUUGUUAGCUUUCAAACAGUGUGAGGGUGUAACAAAUGAUAUCUUGUCCAUUGCUGGCAACAUUAAUCAUUAUGACAUCAGAAAGACAUGUCAUGGAGACUUAUGUUAUGACUUUUCAAAUGUGAUGAAACUUUUGAAUGAAAAGACAGUUAAGGAUGCUUUAGGUGUUGGGGACAUAGAGUUUGUUUCAUGCAGCAAAAUAGUGUAUGAUGCUUUACAGCAAGAUUGGAUGAAGAACCAUGAAGUAGAUAUUCCUUCACUUCUUGAAGAAGGAAUCAAGGUUCUUAUAUAUGUUGGAGAAUUUGAUCUUCUUUGCAAUUGGCUUGGGAAUUCGAAUUGGGUUCAUGCCAUGGAGUGGUCGGGUCGAAACCAGUUUGUGGCGGCCAAAACAGUUCCAUUUUUGGUUGAUGGUGCUAAAGCAGGAUUGUUGAAUAGUUAUGGACCUCUUUCUUUUCUAAAGGUGAAUGAUGCUGGACAUAUGGUCCCUAUGGAUCAACCAAAAGCUGCAUUACAGAUGUUGGUAAACUGGAUGCAAGGAAAACUUAACUAGACAAGUGUGUAAUUUGUCUCUUAAUUGAUACAAUCAUGUCAAGAUUAAAAUCUAAACAUCCUCUGAUAUAGAUAGUGAUAUUCAUGUUUCAAGAUUCUGGUUUUAUGUAUACUUGUAUGGGAUCAAGUAUCGAUUUUUGUUGAUAGAAUGUGUGAAUUGAAAUGGUAGAUAGAGUAAAAUACUAUUGAAUAGUAGAGUAUAUUGGUAAGUUUGAUUUGAGAAACACUAAAGUCACACAUUGCUUAGUUUACACACAUUGAUUAGUUUUCAAUGUUAUAUAAAGAUGUUCAUGUCUCA